AUGGAGACCUAUUCGAACUACAACCUAUGGGUUGUGCUCUUCGCGGCCUUUGGAUCUUUGUUCACCGGUUACAGUCUGGCCGUGAUCGGAAACACGAUAGGCCAGCCGACAUUUUACAGCAAAAUGAACUUGGUUUCAGUCCCAACGGAACCCGGAUACUCGCACACGGCGACCAUCAUCGGUGCUGCCAACGGCCUCUUUUUUGGCUUUGGCUUCAUCGGUUGUUUGGUGUCUGCCUGGUCUCUCGAUGCGCUGGGCCGUAAAAGGACAUUCCUGCUCGCCUGCCUCGUUGGUCUUGUGGGAGGUUCGAUUCAGUGUGGUGCCGUCAAUCAGGCCAUGUACCUAGUCGGCAGAGCGUUGACGGGGAUACCAACUGGCAUGCUCAUCGUCGCGAUGCCAACCUAUUUCUCAGAGGUUGCUCCACCUCACUCUCGAGGCUUGAUGACAGGUGCACAUGGGAGCUUUAUCAACGUUGGAUACUUCUCGGCCGCGUGGAUAGGAUUCGCUUGCUACUACAAGGCCGACUCUACGUUUGCAUGGCGAUUCCCAAAUGCCGUUCUCCUUCUCUGGGCCCUUAUCCUCAUAGUCGGCUCUCUGUUCAUCCCCGAGAGCCCUCGAUGGCUUGUUCAACGUGGACAAAAUGACGCCGCCCUGAAGAUCCUUUGUCGCUUGCACCACGACGUUAAUGACCCUGAGGAUUCCUUUGCACAUCGAGAACUCAACUUGAUAGUGCGUCAGCUGCAAGCGGACCGCCGUGCUUACGAAGUUGGAGGGCGAUGGCAACUCUUCACAGACAAGUCGUAUCGAAGGAGAUUAUACCUGGCCUUGACGGUCGCAGCGGGUGGUCAGAACGCCGGUAUCCUGGUCAUCAACAAUUAUAACGUUUUGAUCUACCAGUCCCUUGGCCUGAAGGGUUCUAUGCCUCUUCUCUUGGCCGCAGCCUGGAACACAGUUGGACUCAUCGCCAAUGUCCUCGGUGCUUUCAUAUCUGAUAGGAUCGGGCGUCGCUGGGCCAUGGUCUACGGAUUCGGAGGCACGGUGGCAUGCUUCACUGUUGCUACCGGGCUGAUCGGGAGCUACAGCAACACUGGAUCUAAAGAUAUGGCCAUUGCCGUCACCGUCUUUCUGUUCCUCUAUGUGCUUGGGUACGGCACAUUCAUCGAUCCCAACACCUUCACCGUCGUCUCGGAGAUCUUUCCCACCCAUAUUCGCGGUCAGGCCGUGGGCAUCAGCCUAUGCGGUCUCUUCCUCUGCGACACGCUCUGGCUCGAACUCCUGCCCACCGCCCAAGCCGCCAUCGGCUGGAAGUACUACCUGGUCUUCAUGUGUCUUGGGAUCGUCCACACGGUGGUGCAAUACUUUUUCCUUCCCGAGACGGCAGGUCUUGCGCUCGAAGAAAUCGAUCAGCUGUUCGGGAAAGAACCAGUCGCUCACCUGGAUGACGAGGUCACUGCCACUCCUGUCACGAACCUCGAAACCCCACCGGCAGAAAAGGAUAGCAAGAUGGAAGAUCAUCAUGUCGAGACAGUCGCGGAAUCCAAGAUGUAA